CAGGUUGGUGCCUAAGAAGAUGAUACUCACACAAAUGAGUAACUUCUACAUGAGCAGCCUUGGGCUUCUUUUCCUGAUCAGUAGUUUCCCAGAAGCAACUGGUCAAGGUGAAUCAAGACGACAAGAACCUGGGGACUUUGUGAAGCAGGAUAUUGGCGGACUCUCUCCUAAGCAUGCCCCAGAUAUUCCUGACGACAGCACUGACAACAUCACUAUCUUUACCAGAAUCUUAGAUCGUCUUCUGGAUGGCUAUGACAACCGGCUGCGACCUGGACUUGGAGAUGCUGUGACUGAAGUCAAGACUGACAUCUAUGUGACCAGUUUUGGCCCCGUGUCAGACACUGACAUGGAGUACACCAUUGAUGUAUUCUUUCGACAGACCUGGCAUGAUGAAAGACUGAAAUUUGAUGGACCCAUGAAGAUCCUACCACUCAACAAUCUCCUGGCUAGUAAGAUCUGGACUCCUGACACCUUCUUCCACAAUGGGAAGAAAUCAGUGGCCCAUAACAUGACCACGCCUAACAAGCUGCUUAGACUGGUGGACAAUGGGACCCUUCUCUACACAAUGAGGUUAACAAUUCAUGCUGAGUGCCCCAUGCAUUUGGAGGAUUUUCCCAUGGAUGUGCAUGCCUGCCCACUGAAGUUUGGAAGCUACGCCUAUACAACAGCUGAAGUGGUUUAUUCUUGGACUCUUGGGAAGAACAAAUCUGUGGAAGUGGCACAGGACGGCUCUCGCCUGAACCAGUAUGACUUGCUGGGCCAUGUUGUUGGGACAGAAAUAAUCCGGUCUAGUACAGGAGAAUAUGUCGUCAUGACAACCCACUUCCAUCUCAAGCGAAAAAUUGGCUACUUUGUUAUCCAGACCUACCUGCCAUGUAUCAUGACUGUCAUUCUGUCACAGGUGUCUUUCUGGCUCAACAGAGAGUCUGUCCCUGCUCGCACGGUCUUUGGUGUUACCACUGUACUCACCAUGACCACCUUGAGUAUCAGUGCCAGAAACUCCUUACCUAAAGUGGCAUACGCGACGGCCAUGGAUUGGUUCAUAGCCGUCUGUUAUGCCUUUGUAUUUUCUGCGCUGAUUGAAUUUGCCACUGUCAACUACUUCACCAAGCGGAGUUGGGCUUGGGAAGGCAAGAAGGUGCCAGAGGCCCUGGAUACAAAGAAGAAAACACCAGCAGCCCCGACAAAGAAAAGCAGCACGACCUUCAACAUCGUGGGGACCACCUAUCCCAUCAACCUGGCCAAGGAUACUGAGUUCUCCACCAUCUCCAAGGCUGCUGCUGCCAGUGCCUCCUCAACCCCAACAGUCAUUGGUUCACCCAAGGCCACCUAUGUGCCAGAAACCCCCACAGAGACCAAGACCUACAACAGUGUCAGCAAGGUUGACAAAAUUUCCCGCAUUAUCUUUCCUGUGCUCUUUGCCAUAUUCAAUCUGGUCUAUUGGGCUACAUAUGUCAACCGGGAGUCAGCUAUCAAGGGCAUGAUCCGCAAACAGUAGAUAAUGGUGGCCGCCCAGCAACCAGAGCACUGUAUACCCUAUGAAGCAUUCAGGCACCCAAACCCUGGGGCUCCCCUUCAUGUGUUUCAGGAUUCUUCUUUUUAACCCCCCACCAAGCGUGACUCUCAAAUAUAUUUAUGGAUGGCAAUGAAAAAACAGUAACAAGGAAAAAAUAAUUGUCCCUCUAACAUUGCUGAGUGUACCCCCAUCAGAGCCAAACACUGCCGUUUGUCCAGUUGCACAUCUUAGUCUGCCAAUCUCCCCCAGCUGAGGGCACCGCAUGUAUUUUAUUACACUCUGCCCAUUGCAGAAAGAACAGGAUACUCCACUCCCUGGAGUGGGAACCUUGGCUGUUCAAGAAGUCCAGAUUGAGGAGAAUUGUUGACUUGUCCAGAUCAGAUGACGCUGACUCACUAGGGAGCCAGGCUGGGCUCUUCCAUGGAGUCCUGCCUGCCACUUGCCCUGCCUAAAGCAGGACCCACUAGGCAUAAGUACUGAUGGUAAAGGCAGGAGCCAGUGUGAACCUCUGAGUACGGCCCCCAACUCCUUUCUUGGCUUGGAGGUUAGUGGGGACAAUGGAGGCCCACCACUGUCCACCAUGUAUGUCCAAAACAGAUAGAGCUAACUGGACCAACCUGGCACCAAGGUGGCUGGUGCCCUGCCAUGUCCAGCCUGUCAGGAAAAGAACCCUCCUUGGUGUAUCUCUCCUCCAGGAAAGCCCGCAGCCCUCAAUCUCUUUGCCUCCCUUGUAGCCAACUAGGCACUGCCAAAUUCGGACUCAUUGCCACCUGUAACUCUUCAGGAAAAAGGACCAAGCAUUUUUUUAUUUAAACAAAAAAAGGGACAAAUAGAAAGAAAAAUCCAGAUCAAAUGCCUACACAAGGAUUUUAAAAGAUGGGCAAGAUAGGAAAGUCACCUCCCUGCCAGGGCAAUUAGUCAAAUACUAGAAAGGGUAAGAUGUUUGCCACUGGGGUUGUAUUUGGGGUUUGAUGUCUGGCUGAAAAGAGAGGGCCACUGGCAGGCAAAAGUCACAUUCUUCCUUCCAUACCUGCCAUACCCCUGACCCUAGCUCAGGC